AUGGCUUCCCAAACACAAGACAUUAAUACUAAUGAAAAAGUUGUGAAAGAAGAUGUUAAAGAUGAUAAAGAUGAUAAUAAUGAUAGUUCACCACUUAAUUCAGAGAAAAAUAACUUAACAUCAACAUCAAUAUCAAAAAAUGAUAAGGAAAAGUCAUCAUCAUUGUCUGAACAAGAUUCAAGUACGAAACCUUUUCAAUAUAAUUUUGGUAAUUUAGGUUCAUUAGCUGGAAGUAAUGAAAAGGGUAACUCAAUGAAGAUAUUUGGCAGUGGAACCUCGUUUGGAUUUACUGCUACUAAACCAUUAGGUUUUGCAAGUUAUGCUUCAAGUUCUACACAAAAAGUAUCUGAUUCUACGGAUGAAACUACAGACGAUAAUUCUGAAAAAAUAGAGAAUAAAUACACCACCAGCAUCACUUUAAAACCUCAAGAAGUUCUAACUGGUGAAGAAAAUGAAGAAACGGUAUACUCUACUCGAGCUAAAUUAUAUAAAAUGGACAAAGAUAUGAAAUGGUGUGAACGUGGUAUUGGAAUAUUAAAAAUAAAUAUACCACUUGAUACAACAACAGGAUCUUGUCCUAGACUAAUUAUGCGCACUGAAUCUACAUUAGUUGUAAUUCUUAACCUUGCUAUAUUUUCUGACAUGAUGGUACAUCGUAAAGAAGAUAAAUUUAUCCAAGUUGGUGGAUUUGAAAAUGGUACACCUGUUAAUUAUUUGGUUAAGGUGGGCAGUGAAGCUGUUUCAAUGGCAUUAUAUGAUAGUAUCUUAGAUGUAAUUAAAAAUCUAUAA